GUCUAUAACUGAAUAUCUCAGUCCCUAAGGGCUGGAUCCCUGCCUUUGCUACAGAUGCCCUAACUCCGACUCAGCUCAGUCUCUGCUAAUCUGCUUUAAGAAGCAAUGCACUUCUGCUAAUGACUCCCACUGAUUACACAUAUUAUCCCUCAAUAACUGGCUCCACUCUUCAUGCUGCACUCACUGCCUCCUCAACACUUGAAUCCUACUGAGCUUUGUUUAUAACCAGAGAGAGAGAAGAUGCUGUUUAACAUCAAUGCUGGAUAGGACUCUGGUGUAAUAAUGCACCUGUGGAGCUGAAUUCCCCUCCUUCGUCUUCCUCACACUUGUGGCUUUAUGGACCAUGUUUGACAAGGGAAGAUCCUUAAUAUACGGAUCUGGGGCAAGCACGACAAGGAGGUCUGGAUAACAAGCAAAAAGGCUGCACAGAUAAUUCUCCUUAUUUCUGUUGCAUCAAAGGAAUCCAGUGAGCCAUGGCUUUCCCUUCUUGGUUCCGAUGGAGCGAUUCCCAGUUAAGGCUUCCCUCACGCAACCCCAAUGACAUGGUAGUGGACACUCUCAUGAUGGAGCUGGGCUGGCAGAUAAAACAGGCAGAGAGGCUACAGCGAGAUAAAGAAAACGAGUAUCGGAAGAUUAUGACAGGAGUGGAUUACAGCUGGCUGGUCAGUUACCCCAAGCACAGCUUCGAUAUCAGCCCCGGGGAAAGACUACAACUGGAGGAUGCCUGCAGCAAGGUGCACCCGUCAUACUGCGGCCCAAUCAUUCUCAGGUUCAGGCAGAUUGUAGCAGAAUACGACCCAGAUGUCAAGGAAGUCCCUCACCUGUUCCGGUCCGUCCUGCAGGAAGCAGCUGAGAAAAUGAAAGAGGAAGACGAGGUCAAGAAACUGGCGAGACAAUGGACCACAAAGAGAGCCAUGAGCAUGUCCCUCACAACCUUCAAGUCCCGAGCCCGAAUCUAUCCUUUCAUGAGUGACAUUAAGACUAUUUCUGAGGAUGUUGAGCGAGAAGCUGAACCCACCCGUAGAGUAUGGAGCAUGCCUGAGUUCCGUACCACCAAAGAUGAUUGAACUAAACCCAAUAGAUCUAAUCUGCAACUAAACAAUCACAACUUUACUCCUGCAUGGAUUAAACCAAUGUAUUUUAUUCCCAUAUAAUGAUAGUUUCUGUUUGAUACUUGCAGCACUUCUGUAACCUCAACAUUCUUUAGGCCUUGCAAACAACUUGCUGUUCUGGCCUAUGUAUGGGAAGCAGCAGGCUAUAAUAUGCCUUUCACUUCUAUAGCCAUUCACGUUCUUUUUGUAGAAACAUUUGAUGUCCGUAGAUAUCUCAUGUUAAUUGCUCAGUACUUGCCUAAUGACCAUAUGAACUAAAGGAAAACUGUCACUCACAGUAGAGGGCAUGGCAUGAGACUGGCACAAGGCAUUGGAGGCUUCUAGCCUUCGAUAUCUAAUCAGUUGUGUUCCUCCUAAUGAUACAGAGGGUGGACAAUCACAUUUUUUUACAUAGUUGUUUUGUGAUCAAUUUAGAAAUUUG